AAAUCAUGAUUCAGACAUCGUAAAUGUAAUCAGUCCGUAGAACAUUAACCAAGACAAUUCUUGAGCAAACUCACAUGUUUCCAAUCAUUUAAAAUGAGCUGGGGCCAAAGUCAGUUCGCUGGAGUUAAAACGUUGAGACGAGCUGCAUGAGUGCGCAUUCGGGAUGCAGCUGAACCCCGUGAUCAGUAUUUGUUUGAGUUUAUUGGUAAUUCCAGUUGACUCACUAUAUGACAUUAAGUCGUCGACUAGUCCUGCUUAUGGGACCGUUUCAUCGAGCUUAGAAGAAGAUCCCGCUUUACGUGAGCACCUGAAAGAGGCUUUCGAGGAGCAGGGCUACUACUUGCAGCGUCUGUUCCUCCAGUAUGGUGACAAUGGGACCCUCACAUAUGAGGGUCUGCAGAAGUUGCUGGGCAGCCUGGGGCUUGGGGAGGUCAGUGUUUUGGAGAUUGGGCACGAUGGCACCUCCUCACACCCUCAUACACACCUCCAUCUUGAUGAGCCUCGUACUCCUCAUUCAAGAGCUCAGGGACCCAGCCCGACAACACACACACACAGGAACCCUGACCCAAAAACUGCUGGCUCAAAUGGAUUUGGGUCCAAAAUCAAUGACCCUGUGAGAACUUCACACCCAGGUGUUUUACCGCUUGGACACUGGCGAGGAUCGUUCGAGGAGCUGUCUUUGUUGACGAACCAUGCCACUAAGAAACACCUCCAUGGAAAUUGCCUGAACGUCACACAGCUGCUUUGCAACUUCGGGUUGGAGAAAGCAUCCCAUAUCACGCCAGCCCAGUUUACCUUCCUAUGCCCCGCCCUUCUGUACCAGAUUGACAGCGGUGUUUGUUUGCGUCACUCAGAGGGAAACAGAGGAGAGACUAGCAGUGGUGUGGGCUUUCUUAAAGCUUUAGGAUGGAGCUCCCUGGCACUGACUAUAAUCAGUCUGCCCUCUUUGGUGGCACUGGGUCUGGCACGACUGCUCCCCCCUGCUCGCCUGCAUGUCUUCCUGUGCCCCAUGGCUGCCCUGGCAGUGGGCACACUCUGUGGAGAUGCUUUGCUUCAUCUCCUGCCUCAUGCCAGGUUUGGGCCACACAGUGAAAGCUCAGACCCUGUUAAAAAGGGUUUAACUGUUCUGGGUGGGCUCUACCUUCUGUUUGUGAUUGAGAGUCUCCUGGGACUGCUACACCAUUACAAGAAGUCAAAGAAGAGGGGACAGUGUCCUGAAUCAGUGAGGGAGAUUGAUCCACUGGAGGGCUUCCUUCACCCUGAACAGACAGAGUCUGUAGAGUCCAGACAUGGGCAUUCCCACAGUUCUCCAGACUCAGGUCCUGCACACACAGGCACUAUGGCAUGGAUGGUUGCCAUGGGAGAUGGAAUUCACAACCUCACUGAUGGGCUAGCCAUUGGUGUGGCCUUCUCUCAGAGCCUGACUGUAGGCCUGAGCACAACCAUCGCAGUUUUCUGCCAUGAACUCCCACACGAGCUGGGUGACAUGGCCAUUCUCCUGGCUGCAGGCUGGCCCAUGUGUAAACUGGCAGUCUUCAGUGCCAUUUCUGCCCUGCUGGGGUUUGUGGGUCUCCUUGCAGGCAUUGUCCUGGGUCAUCAGUGGAUCCAGCUGUCUCCCUGGCUCCUGACUGUGACUGCUGGAGUCUUCCUUUAUGUUGCCCUUGCAGACAUGAUGCCAGAGAUGCUCCAUGGACGCCCUAAGUCAGCAAGUCCCCUUCUCCGCUUCCUGCUGCAGAACCUGGGUCUGCUAACAGGUGUUGGCAUCAUGCUAUGUAUUGCCCUCUUCGAGGACCACAUCUCCAUCAACCUGGGAGACGGCUGAGAAGGACUAGACCACUGGACCAGUGUGUAUAGGUCAUGUCUCUCCAUGGAACUGGAGCUAGUUUCCUAACCUUACGUUCUUCUCCAGUGGGGGACAAAAGAUGAAAGAGAAAUGUGACUUGGUUGUGUUCUGCCCAACCAGUGUAGCUGUGUGUCAAACUGAUCAUCCACCAGACACUGGGGUCAGCAUGGGAAUAUCAUGGCAGAGAGACUGGUUUCAGCAUGUGAAGUAUUGAAGCUUUAUUUACAAUUUGAUCCUCUUGACCUAACGUGAGGUUCUUGGACACAGCAUAAAUAUGUGAAGCAAAAUAGAAAAAUCUGGAGAAGACUGCAAUGAAAUUUGCCAUUUUAACCAUUUUUAAUUACUGGUGCACCUAUGAAAGAGUUUCAUAGCAUAAUUCUUAGAAAUAUUAGACUGUGUUUUCCUAGAGUAGAUCUCUGGAUAUAAGUAUUUUAUUAUUCUUAGCGUGGGUCUCUAGAAGUGUAGGUUUUUGAAAACACCAUGUCUGGUUUCAUGACACAUUUACUGUGGUGACCAUUUAAAAUAAUAGCACAUGAAGUCAGGAAACAUUCUUCUGAACUGUCAGAUUGUGUGUAUACGUGAUGUCUGCAUAGCACUGCAUGAUGUUUUUAGCUUUUAUUCUGUGGCUAUAUUCAGUGAAGGAUUGCAAAUACCAGGUGCCACUGUUUCAUUUGGAAAAAUUAGACAGGCAGUAUGUAUUUCCCAAGAUCUGAUUGUAACCUUCUGGGAACAAAACAGAGAACUAAUACAGAAAAAAACAUGCAUUAAGUAAAUGGCAGUUCUGUCUAACUCUUUUCAAUUGAUCAGACCAGACAAAUAGUAUAUCAUCAUACUAUCAUUAGAGGGGACAAAGAUUGUUAACAUCUACAGAAUCAAAUUCUGAAUAAAAUUCACAAAAAGGGGCUAGGACUUCCCUAUACAGUUGUCCUGAGGUGAUUUGUUUAAUUGCAGCAUUCUGGCAGAGAGGAAACACUCAGACCAAAGUGAAUGUAGCAAUAGCUUUUUAUUUAAAACAUAACUAAUCCGAAGCCACAAUACUGAGUGACCAGACCUGUUGGCCAUAGCAGAAUGUAAAACAGAAGUGUCAUGUAUGGACUUUCUUUUUUUUCUCUCUCUCUCUCUCUCUCUCAUCAUCAGAAAGACAAAUGAAGUUACUAUAAUCUCAAA